AUGGCAAUAUUUUGGAUACUUUUAAAUAUUUUGGAUACUUUCAUUCAAAUUGGAUGCAUCAGAAUUAAUUCUGAAAGAAUCAAGAAAAAAGAAAAAAAUUUUUUGUUCUUUGGAGAAUUUAACUGCGUUUCAAGUGAAAAAAUUUCAAAUGCAUUUUCUUGGUUAGCAACUCGUUCGCCAAAGCGAAAUCAUCGUUGUAACGUGCCAGAAAUUGUGGCGAAUAUUCGAAUGAAUGGCGUUUUGUCACAGUCGGAUACUUUGCAAUCAUUAGCUUCACGGUCGGAUGAUGGAAUUCCGUUCUUUGUUAAAAAAUGUAUUGAAUAUAUUGAAAAGGAAGGAGGCCUCAGUAUAGAAGGCUUAUAUCGGGUGCCAGGUAAUCAGGCUCAGGUUAUUGAGUUUGAGCGUUUAUUUAUUAACGAUAGUUCAGUCGACUUACAUUCGAUGGAAAUGCCAGUACAUGCAGUUGCAACUGCGCUAAAGAAUUUUUUAUCAGGAUUGCCAGACCCAAUUAUUCCAUAUGAUGCUCAUGAAGCGUUGGUGAACUGUAUCAGUGAAAAUUCACCCGAAGGAAUUUCAUUAAUAAAAGAUGUAAUAAAUUCUUUGCCAGAUGCAAAUCGAAAAACUCUUUCAUAUUUGGCUGCUCAUUUGGCUCGUGUUGCUAAAUGUUCUAAUACGAACUCAAUGGAUGUUCGAAAUUUAGCCAAAGUUUGGUGGCCAACAUUAUUCCGUCCAAAUUUUGACUCGUUUGAAUCAAUGGCUAUUUUUAUAACUCGGUUAGAAAUGGCUACUCAGCUUUUAAUAUUAUAUGCUAAUAUUGCUGCUCAAUAG